AUGGGGGUAUUUGGGGACCUGGAAGAGGAGAAGAAGAAUGAUAAUGAAGAGGGUAAGCUUCCUAAGCUUCCAGAGAAUGAUAAUGAGUUCUUGCUGAGUGGAGCCCAGAUACGACUUUCUUCCACAGAAGAAUCAGAAAGAAACUCCUUUGAGGAGGAGAGCGUAAGCCCUUUGCUUAGAGAUGUAGAGUGCCCUCCGUUAUCUCCAUCUCUGCCCAAGACUGCGGAGAUACCUUCGUCCUAUCAUAAUAUUGGUGUUCCCUCAUCCCCCGAUUCUGACUCGUCAUCUGAGAUGUCUAGUAUUUAUUCGACUCUUUCUCCUUACACCGAAAGAGAAGUUUGUUCGGCCCAGGGAAGAAUCGAAGAGAAAGUGGCGAGCAUUGCAGAAGAGACUGGCUUCCAGUUGGACGGGGAGGCACGCUAUGUUUUGGGCCAGUGGGUCCACGGCGAAUCAUCGGAUCCCUCUACUUUGCGUGCCAUUUUGAAGGACUUGAAUCAAAAGAAAGAACAAAGUGAAUGGUUUGAGGAGGCUAUCGAUGCAUGGUCGCACCAAUUUGUUAAUUCGGACGUCCCGUCUCCUCUUGAGGGAUUGGACAUUCACCCCCCCGCGCUAGGCGACUUGUAUUUCUCAUUCACAAAUCCAUCUUUCUUUAUGUUGUUAACUCUCAGUUUGGUUCUACUUCUGCUUUAUUUUGUUACUAAAAGGAUGAAGAAGAAAAUGAAGCAGAGACAUCGAUGUAGGGCAUCGGCGAAGGCUAAUCACGACGUUCAGUAA